UAUCUAAUUAUCUCAUUUAGGCAGGAUCAGCCUCAUGCUUCACUCACAGAAAGGAGAAAGUUUGUUAAUUUAAACGCUGACAGCUCAGGUCUCUGUCAGCGUUUAAAGGCGGAGUCAAAGAAACUUUUUACACUUYCACUGAGAAACUACAAGUUAUCAUCUGGAGCCUCGUGUUUCAGCUCGACUUCUAUCUGAAAGGGUUUUUGUAGAAGCCUUACUUAAUGUUUAAUUAAUGUUUUGUAUUUGUUCUGUUGCAAAAGUAGACAAUCUUACUUUAAUUAUUUUGUUUAGUAUUUUAUUCAAACUUUAAUAGAUUUAAUAAACUUAGAGUGCCGGGCUCUUGAGGAGACAGUUAUUUAUUUACAGGCAGUGGUCUGUUAUUGAAGRUUUUGAACUGUCUGCACCUGAAACAGUCUGAUAAGAACUGUGUUCAACUUCAACGUUUGCAGAAACUCCUGAUCACCCAGCAGCUGUUGGAGCAGAGAAACAAGGGAGACCYGCAGGACAGUGGACCACCCAGCUUAGAGCCUUUAGCUCCUCACUUCUGUUAGACUCCGCCCACAGGUGAUCUGAACUUCCUGCUUGACCUGCAGGGGUGGAGAAGCUCCAGCUGUCACAGCUGAUGGAGUCGGAGGACAAGACGGAGGACGGGGACGAGCUGGUCUCUCUGGACCGGACAUCACAGGAGGAUAAAGACCCAAAGCCUCAGCUUUCACCUGUCCCCAGAAGGUCAGCCCAGAAGCUGCAGAUACAUCCGUACCUGUGUGGAGAGGGUCCAGGAGCGAAGGAGGACAUUGAAGAAGUGAGGAGGUCCCAGGCACAACUUCUGGAAGGACAAAUAUUCAGGAAGACGUUAGAGAACUGUUUCAUCAUCUUCACAGCAGACACCUGGAGGAGCCUCCUGCUCCAAAUAGCGCGGGGGGAGACGGAUCYUUGGCCGACGCGACCGUGGCUCCCUUCGCCGGGAUCGAGUACCGCGCAGCCGGACACGCCGUCCCGGGAAACAUGGAGGCUGCGGCCGAGGAGCUGCGGGCCGGCUUUCGGAUACCUGUCACUAUCGAUCAUGUCGUUAACGACACGCUGGUGGUGACGCUCACCUACCGGGAACGGAACUACACGGGAGUUUUACUCGACUCAGACAAAAAGACCGGCCUCUUCUGUCUCCCAGAAUUCACAGCAAACCUGGAGGWCUGCUCAGUCCCUAAAGCUACUUGUGAACUUCCAGAAACGUUGAGCGAAGAGCCGGUUCCUGACCCCCCGAUCCAGACCUCCAACAGACCAAAGGAUGAGAACAGCGUCCCUGAAAGCAGCACCCCCCCUGGCCCCCCACCCUGCCCUGUCCUCACACCCGUACCAGCUGGACAGACUCCUUACCCUCCUUAUUUUGAAGGAGCCCCCUUCCCUCAGCCCCUAUGGGUGCGCCACACCUACAGCCAGUGGGUUCCCCAGCCCCCUCCACGACCAAUCAAGAGGAAGAAGAGGCGGACACGAGAACCGGGCCGUAUGACCAUGAGCACCAUCCGUCUGCGGCCGCGGCAGGUCCUCUGUGAGAAGUGUAAGAACACUCUGAACAGUGACGAGGACAGCAAGGACGGCCUGAGCAACACCAAGACUUCCAGGAAAGAAAACGGCCCUCAGAGCGACGAGGACGGAGACUUCAGGGACACUCCAGCCAAGCUGGCCAGGAAAGAUGAUGUCAUCGGAGCCAAGGACACCAAGAGACGUGAGACCGCCCCCAGCCUGGACACUAAGCGUCUCAGAAAGGACAAACGGGCCGAGGCUGAAGGAGAUGUGAUCCCUCACAGUCCGGUCAUUAAGAUCUCCUACAGUACCCCACAAGGAAAGGGCGAGGUCAUGAAGAUCCCCUCCCGGGUCCACGGCUCCAUCAAACCCUUCUGCCCCAAGCAGCUGGUGCCCAACGGCAAGAGGUCCGCCCACAGCGCCAAGGAGCAGCGGCACAUCCUGGACGCCACUCGGUCUGGUCUGACCGUGUCCAUUCCAAAACUGAAACUAACCAGGCCUUUUGCAACGGUGGGCCAGGACCCGUCGUGUCCAAAGAUCCGGCUGAGACCCCCUCAGAGCGAGGCCGAGGAGACCAUGGUGGAGUACGAGGCAGAACUUGUUGAAGGCAGCACCAGACCAAGUCCCAGGGUGCCCGGUCCGUGUCUUCCACACUCCGAAGACUCGGGAGAAGGAAAGAACUCCUUGGAGCUGUGGUCCGGGAGUUCUGGAGAGGAGGCGGAGCGGAACCACGGCGACCUGACCCUCCUGAUCAACUUCAGGAAGCGUAAAGCAGAUUCCUCCAGCCUGUCCGUCUGCAGCAGCGACAGCCUGGACGAGUCCAAGUCCUUCAGCUCCGAGGGCACCUCACCUGAGCUGUGUGACCUGGCUCCAGGUGAAGACCUGUCCGUCACCUCGUCCUCCGUCACGCCCCAGGACCGGGACAGCUGCAAGACGGUGCCGCCGCUCACCGUGCGCCUGCACACCCGCAGCAUGACCAAGUGUGUGACGGAGGAGGGCCACGCCGUGGCCGUGGGCGACAUCGUGUGGGGCAAGAUCCACGGCUUCCCCUGGUGGCCGGCACGAGUCCUCAACAUCAGCGGCGCCACCGGCAAGCAGGAGCCGGGUCAGUGCCAGGCCCAGUGGCCCCAGGCCAAGGUGGCCUGGUUCGGCUCCCCCACCACCUCCCAGCUGUCCGUGGCCAAGCUGUCCCCCUUCAGAGAGCUCUUCAGGUCCCGCUUCAACCGCAAGAAGAAGGGCAUGUACCGCAGGGCCAUCCUGGAGGCCGCCAAGGCCGUGGGUCACAUGGGUCCAGAGAUCACAUCGCUGCUGUCCCACUGUGACACGUAGAAGCUGAGUCUGAGGAGGCUUGGAGGUUUUUCUGGUCCUCCAGACCUGGUCUUCAGACCCGGACCUUAAGACCUGGACCUUCAAACCUGGACCUUCAGACCUGGGGGACGGUGUGUUGUUGCCACGUUGACCCUUUCCAUCCCGUACUUUCUGUUGUUGAAUGUUUUCACGAGGCUGGAGGCUGCCAGGGUGGAGGCUUGUAGACGAGACGAGGGACAGAACAGAACCAACGGAUCAGGACUGAGAAGAACUCUGGACUUUAACAGAACCAACGGUUCAAGACUGAGAAGAACUCUGGACUUUAACAGAACCAACGGUUCAGGACUCUGAACUUUAUGUAGAUUUAGAGUUUUUGGAUUGAAAGAAGCGAGUGUGGAGCUGAAAACACACGGAGGACAGGAUGUAUUUAUUGUCUCUGCUCUUGAAAGAAUCAUCAGAACAUCC